GAGAAAUACCCCCCGCGACGCGACUCGACGCGUCUCCCCGUCCCGGUGCCUACUGGACGAGUAUUCAAUUUGCAUCUACUCUUCUCCCACGGACACACAUCGUCGAUACCGUACACACGCAUACACAUACACCUACACACGCCCACUACCUUCACAAUGCUGCGGCAAGACUAUAAUCGUAUCGACCCCAAGCGGCGCAAUGUCGUCGACUACCGCAAGAAACAGUUCGCCUCCCCCGCCUACAAGGAGGCCGAAUACCCGUACCGCCUCAACUUCUAUGCCGAUGCGCCCACCGCCGACAUCACCCUCGAACAAUUCGAGCAAUGGGCCAUUGACAGGUUGCGGAUCCUCGCCGAGCUCGAAGCCUGCGCAUUCCGCAACAAGUCCCCCCAGGAGGUCGCAACCCACAUGAAGCCGCUUCUCGACAAGUACCUGCCCCUCGAGUCCAACAGUUCUCACUCGCCCAAGCUCUUCGCCCAGCGCCAAAAGGACCACUACAGCCACUUCAUCCUGCGCCUGGCCUUUGCCCGCACCGAGGACCUCCGCCGCCGCUUCACCCGCGUCGAGACCAUGCUCUUCCGCCUGCGCCUCAACAGCGACGACCAGAACGAACGAUCCGCUUUCGUCCGCAGCCUCGACCUCGACUGGUGGGAAGCCGUGACGGACGACGAAAAGCGCGACUACGCCUCCGAGUUGGCCGCCAUGUCGCGCGGCUGGGGCAAGACGGCCUCGACCGAUGACGACACAUGGUUCAAGGUCGACUGGGACCGCGUGCCGGAACUGGUCGAGCAGCGCAAGGUCUUUCUCAAGGCCGGCAAGGCUUUCGUCCCAGGCAGAGAACAGGCUAGCAUGGUCAUUGGCGAGUUCGUCUCGCGCCUGGAGAGGCAGCUCGAGCUCACGGCACGCGCACUCCCGCGACUCGACGAGGAUGACCGCCUCACGCCCAUCCUCGACCACCUCUCCAAGAACUUCAUCACACCCGACAGCUCCUACAGCUCCAACACGGCGGCCCCGGCCGGCGCCGAGAUCACGGCGCGCAACAUCGAUAACCUCGCGCAGCACUUCCCCGCCUGCAUGUCGCACCUCCACCGCUCGCUGCGCCGCGACGCCCAUCUGAAGCACUACGGCCGCCUGCAGUACACGCUCUUCCUCAAGGGCAUCGGCCUGAACCUCGAGGAGUGCCUGGUGUUCUGGAGGCAAGGGUUCCGCAACAUCACCGACGACACCUUCAACAAGGAGUACCGCUACAACGUCCGCCACGUCUACGGCGACGUCGGCGGCGACUCGAACCGCCGCGGUGGCGGCUACAGCCCUUUUAGCUGCCAGAAGAUCCUCACCGAGCACCCGCCCGGCGCCGGCGAGGCCCACGGCUGUCCCUACCGCCACUUCAACCUCGAGAACCUGACGACCCUGGUCCAGGCCAUGGGAGUCAGUGACCGGGCCACGCUGCAGGGGGUUAAGGAGGACAAGGACAACCAAAAGUUCCACAUGGCGUGCAACCGCGUGUUUGAGCAUUUGCACAAGCAGGAGCUCAAAAAGGCAAAGGACGAGGGCGUCUUUACGUCGGCUCAGCUCGAGACCAUCGUCCACCCCAACGAAUACUUCAAGCGUAGCUAUCUCCUCAAGAACCUCGGCAAGACUGCCGACGUUAAGAUGGAGGGGUGAGCCGAGCGGGCGAGCGAGCGAGCAGAAGCGGCUGUCUUACUAAUGAAGUGUGGCUUUUGAUAAUGAAUGGGACGGUGUUCCACGGCGGUCUGGACCCAAACCCCCAUCUAAGGAACUUUGCGGGAGGGCGUUGGAUAAACGGAGGGAGCAUGCGUCUCACGGGAUUUGUAUUUAUUGUUACCUUUUGGGGGCAAAAUCGGCCUCACGGGCCCCAUUGGAGAGUUCGGCGUUUUUGGGGAGGGGUGUGUUUUUUUCUUCUCCUUUUUCUUUUUAAUUUAUCUUGGUUGGGGAUGGGCGGGAGGUUCGUUCAUUCGCGCGGUCAGGACCGUUUCUCAACGGAAAGUCAUCC